CUCAGUCAAAACAAAGGGCGACCCAAACACCGAGCCGCCGGGCAGCCUCAGGGAGGAGACUUGAAGGAGACUCAGCGCGACGCGGGGCUGUGGCCAAACCUCAGGGCGUUAAGAGGCCAAGGGCGAGGCACCAGUGAACCGCCUCCCCUCAGCCUGCCGGGCGUGCGAGAGUCACAUGUGCUGAGCGACGCCCCGACGCGCCCCGUGCAGGCUGGGCGUCACCCGCUGGCGGCUUAGCGAGGCAGCCAAGGGAGCGAGGGAGUCUGGUGCCUGUCAGGGCGGUGCCGCGGCUGCACGCCAGGUCAUCAUGGAGGCACUAGAGGCAUUAGUCAACAAGGCAGACUACCUGAUGGAGCAGAGCCAUGAGGCUCUGGUGCAGGGAGGUUAUGGUGCUCUGCAGGGACAGCCACUUUUUAGGAAGUUGGCAGCCAUCUACGCUGAGGAGGCUAACAAGACUCCAAGAAUAAAGAGCAUUAGUCUGACUCACAAGUUGCUGGACAAACUUGUGAAGCGAGAAAAUUUGAAUUGUCUCGUGGUGAACCUGUACCGAGGCAACGAAGGCUACUCCCUCGCUAUUAAGAUGUCUUCAGGACUUGAAACAGAAACUGUUCGUCUUUCCUAUGAAGAAGACACUUUCUUGACAUAUAUAGACAAUGAGAAACUUCCACCAAUGUUGCUGGACCUGUUGGAUGAGUCAAACAUCGAAAUUUACCACUCAGGCUGUGUCAUUGCUGAAGUGCGAGAUUACAGGCGGACUCUAGACUCAUCCUAUGAAACAAAAUAUGUCCUCCUUCAGCCAACAAGCCAGUCAGUGACAGCAGAUGUGGCUGCUAUGACUCGUGAUCGUGAUUGGACGGCUGAGGAGAAGCUGUACAUUGAGGCCGAGAUCAUCAAGAGGACAGCACCUCCCCUUAACCUGUCACCGUCUCCCCUGGUGGCUAUAAUCAACAACAAGCUGCACCAGAGGAAAUACAAGUUCUCAACAGUGCCCAUCAAGAGAGCUGCACGCAGGUUUAGUCAGAUUGCACAGAAUCGUAAGAAGGUGUUUGAGGAGAUUGCAGCACCAAAGUGUCUCAGACUGCACAGCUUCCUAAGCAGCAAGAAGGAGAGGCGACCCAAUGGUAAAAACAUAACCAAGCCGCUCAUCCCCAUAUCGAUGGAUGGCACCCCGGAGUUGAGUAUUCCAGAGAGCAUAGAUGUGCCCAAGGUUGCACGCAUUUAUGAGCGUCCCAGCUACACCACUGACAACUCCCUCGUAUUCAUCGAGGAGCUCGUGCUGGAGACUGAACGUGGCCAGGGCAGGAUAUACCACACCAAGUUGACAAUAUCACAGCGUAAGACAGAUGAGAUGUAUUUUGGUGAGCUGUAUGUUGACCGUGACUACCAGGAAGGCAAACAAAACGGCUCCACGUGCAAGUUUCAGUUGGGAACACAGCAGCAAGUGUGCCGCUACAUACAGCAGUUUAAAGAAAUAUUCACAGAAGACUGGAGGAAGAGUGUCAAAAUCACCCACAGAGUGGCUGGUCAGGCAGCUUACUCCACUUUCAUGCCAGGCAGCAGAGACAAGAAGGAUGUAGAGCUACUCAAGCAAUCCUCAAGUCAACAGCCAGGACAGCAACAGGUUCAGGGACAACAGCAAACUCAACAGGUACAGCAGCAGACACAACAGCAGCAGCAGCAACAGCAACAGCAGCAGCAACAACAGCCUCAGCAAACUGUUCAACAGGCAGUGGCCAUUGCUGCAGCAAGCGGAGGCUCCUUGGGGGUGUCAUCCACUGCCUCCACCACAGGGGUCACUCAACACACACCAAAGAAUGUCAUCAUCGUCUCCAAUGUGAGGGAAGGCUUUGCUGGUGAAGGUGUUAAAAAGGCUGUCACUGUGGGGGUCACCUCCUCCCCCUCCUUGACCAGUCUUAUCACUGCCCAGCCAGGACAGCAAGCCACAGGAGGCCAUCAGGUUGUGGUUGCACGUAACUUUCUGGCUGGCAGGGGCACACAGACAGUAGCAGGAAUGACUGGCAUGGCUGGCACUGUCACAACAGGGCCCGGACCCACCAAAAUAUCUCUACCAACUCUCACAACACAGCUAAACCGCACAGUGCCAGCAUACUCCCAGGCCGUCUCCCUUGCCAAGACACAGACCUCUUCCCCAUCACUGACGGCACUCCUGAAAGGUACUGUACCAGCCAGUUCUCAGGCUGGAGUGUCUGUAUCAAGGCCACAGGUUGUCAACCUGGUGGGUGCCGUGAGUGAGGUUGCGAGCCAUGCCAAACCUGCCACCAGUGAACCCUCGAGCUCCUCCUUAAAUGUGUCUGGCCUGCAGCAACUGUUGGCUGGCACCCCAUCUGCAGACAACCCAGCACCCCAGCGCGGGGGACCCUCUCUUCUUGAACGGCUCUCAGCACAAUCAUCAAGUGCUGUGGCUGCUGCUGCUGCUGCCAACAAGGAUGGGAGUUCAGUCAAGAUUGGGGGAGGAAGUAACACCUCUGGCCAGACAAAUGUGGUGGGUUCAGCUGCUGCUGCAGUCCUACGCAGUGACAGUGGCAGCGGUGGACCCCCACCUAAUGUCAACAUUGCCAGCCUCAACCUUCCUGGCCUUAAUGUAGCUGGACUCCAGAGCCUGACAACUAACCUUGGCGGACUGCAAAACGUUCAGGUGACCAUCCCUGGUCUGGCCGUGCCCAUCUCCCUCUCUCUCAACGUGCCUGUCAGCAGCUCCACAGGGGUUAUACUGUCAUCCCCACCUCCUGCCAGUGUGGCUACCAAGGUGUCAGGGUCCACAGCAUCUACCACAGCAACGACAGUGAUGAUUGCCAGUCAACCAGCUCUCCAGCAAGGCCAGGUGGUCCAGCUACCCAUAAGUCAGCUGAACUCUUCCCAACUGGCAGCUCAACUUGCCAAGUCCUCCGGUCAGCAAGGUGGAUCCUCAUCAUCAAUUCCCGUUUUACAGGUUCAAGGUGUAGGUGGUCAGCUGUUCACUUCAGUACGUGGUAGUGGGGCCAGCGGUGGAUCAGCAGCAGGCACAGCCACUAAUGCUGCCUCCCUUGCACAGCAGACAGUGCAGGUGGCACUACAAGCAGGGCAGGGCACUGGUACUGUUGUCUCUGGAGGUGAGGCCACCAUUGGGACAGCUCAUGUAGCCACUUCUCAACCCUCUGUUGUUACACUCAAGGCCAAGCAACAACUCCAGUUGGCCCUUCAGAAGACUGGCUCAAUAAACAGCCUGAAUCAGCUACAUGUGCAGCAGAAACUUGCUGCUCUUGUCAAACGUUCACAGCAGCCACAGCAGCAACAACAACAACAACAGCAACAGCAGCAACAACAGCAACAGCAACAACAGCAGCAGCAACCACAACAGCAGUAGCAUUAGUAAUGGAGAUCACAAAUUUAUUCAGAGAAUACUCUAAGAAGGGAAUCACUGUGCAAUCAAUUAUUUAAGGUAUUUUUAAUGAAAUAUUUACAGUUAAUUUGAGUCAUGUGCAUUGCAGCUUUGACUAUAUCUUCAUGUCAGACACAUAUGUGGGUUCCAGUCUAAGAGAUUCAGGAACUUUAUAUAUUUUUAACACUUUGUCAGAUUUAUAGGCACAGAAGUAACUUUAAAAGAAAAUGUGUUUGGUCUUGUCAUCUUAAUACUUUGAAUACUAGUACCAGUAUACUGGGAAAAAUAAUGUAGUGAACCUAAUUGCUUUAUGAAUGGUUGUAUUUGGCCAGGAGUAUAUAAAUUUUAUUGAUCUAUAUCACUUUCCCUGAGUCCAGAGGCAAAUAAUGGUUUCAAUACCUUUUUGUAAAACAAAUCAUACAGACAUACUAGUAUAAGAUGGUAUUCAUUUAAGUUAAAUUAUAGUUCUAUUUUCAUAGCUUUGACACACAUCUCACAUCACCUCAUCUAGAUAACUAUCCUGAUCACCCUUCACUACACUAGACGUUAUUGACCCAUCUUUUUAGAAUCUCGUCAAGGUAUUUCUCCUAUCAGCUUCUUUGAUUUAUAACUUCCUGAACCAUUUCUUACAAAUUUCUUUGUUUUAUAUACUGACCUAUGCUGUAAUAUGACGGCAUUUAUACUGACUUAAUAUGAGACCUUGUUCCUAGUAGGGGAGCUUCACUUCCAGAGCAGUAUUAUGAAAUAUUUUCCCAUCAACCAUCUGUUUAAACUAUUGAGAUGCUAUUAACACAAAUUAGGUUUGGUUGAAUACCUGUUUUUUUUUUUUAUAUAUUUGCUUUAAUUGCACAAAAUCUUAUCACUUCCACUAUUAGCUUCUCAUAAGUUUUGGUGUAGGUGAAUUAAGCUGUAUUUCCACUUGAUUUUAUUUUUUAUUGAUAAACUCUUGACUGAU